UGCUCGAUGGUUGUUCCUCCCGCCGGGGUCUCCCUGAGGGGAGAGCGGGCGGGAGCGGGCCGAGGCGCGGGGGGCGGCGGGCGGCCGCUCGGCCCCGCGGAGGGUAGCGGGGCAGUUCCUGUAGAGAAAAGCGGGGAGGGAGAGGGGCAGCACCCCGCGGCGGUGGGUGUGAGGUAGCCGCCUUCCCCCCACCCCCCUCCCUGGGCCGGGAGCCCCGACUCCCUCAGGGCGUUACGGGGAGAGCGGCCCCCCCUCCUCGGCCAGGGGCGGCCAUGGCGGAGGCGGGGAGGGCCGGCGGCAGCCCCGCUGUUCAGGUGUCUGUCAUUGUGCCAGUUCACAAUAGUGAAUGCUGGUUAGAUGAAUGCUUGAAGUCAGUUUGGGAACAAGAUUUUAAAGAAACCAUGGAGCUAUCAGUUUUUAAUGAUGCCAGUAAGGAUGGUUCAGCUGAAAUAAUUGAAAAAUGGAAGAGCAAGUUGGAAGAUGCUGGUGUUCCAGUAAUCGUUGGUAGUAAUGAUUCAUCUCAACCUCGAGGCGUUGGAUUUGCUAAAAAUCAAGCAGUAAUUCAGAGCUCAGGCACCUAUCUCUGCUUUCUGGAUUCAGAUGAUGUGAUGAUGCCACAGCGGGUUAGACUGCAGCACGAAGCUGCCAUUCAACACCCAAACAGUAUUAUUGGUUGCCAAGUCAGAAGAGAGCCACCGGAAUCUACUGAACGGUAUACUCGCUGGAUCAAUAAUCUGACCGAAGAACAACUUCUUACACAGGUUUUUACCUCCCAUGGACCUACUGUGAUUAUGCCAACUUGGUUCUGCUCUCGAGAAUGGUUUUUUCACGUGGGAAAAUUUGAUGAGGGUGGAAAGGGUGUUCCAGAAGAUUUGUUGUUUUUUUAUAAGCACAUCCAGAAGGGCGGUGAAGUCUUUCGAGUAAACCAUUGCCUCCUGCUGUACCGCUACCAUCCACAGGCUGCAACUCAUUCCGUCCUAGAGGGAACCAUCUGGAAUCAUCGAGUCAGGUUUCUUGAAGAAAGAGUCCUGAGCUCCUGGACAUCAUUCACCAUUUGGAACGCUGGCAAGCAAGGCAAGAAGCUCUACAGAAGCUUGUCACCAGCUAAUCGGAAAAAGGUAACAGCGUUUUGUGAUGUUGAUGAAAAGAAAAUAACAAAAGGAUUCUACACGUAUGAAGAAUCUGAGGAGAGACCAAAACCAAAAAUUCCUAUCUGCCACUUCAGAGCUGCAACUCCGCCUUUCAUUAUCUGCGUGAAGCUGUGGUGCCCAAUACCCUGUUAUCACCUGAGACACCACAGAAAAGGUAAGAAAGAAAGAAAACUCAUAAAUAUAUGUGUACAAAGCAUAGGAAGUGUAAAACCCAGUGGAAAGAGGAAAGGAAUCGGCGGCUCUCGGGAAGCAGCAGCAGUGCUCCGAGUCCCGCUCCAGAACCGAGUCUGCUGGACCCUCCUUUUCUCUUCCACUGCGUUUCGCAGCUGAUUGUGUAGUUUUUAGCGGUCGCUUUCAGCCCCUGUUGUACUCGCUCUAUUUUAUUAGUGUUGGGAGCCUUCGCGGGGGCUGCCGGAACCUGUGAAGUCCCACUCUUGCUGCUUGUGGGGCUGUGGGGGGAUUGAAAUGGCCACAGUUUUCAGUAGUAAUUUUGUCAUGUUGUCUUCUAGCAAAACAAAAGGAGCUGAUAAAUGUCUGUGGUUUAAACUGUUCAGGUAUGCUGUCUGCAGCAGCUUUCAAGCUUCUAGACCCGACCGCUAAAAGAAAUGGUUUCUAAAUGGGUUGCGAGGAGCCGAGUGUGUUGCUGUUGUGCAGGCCAAGCCCGAGGCAGAGGGGAGGUCUCGCUGGGUUUGCCUCCCUGUCUCUGCAGCCCACGGCUGACGGAACGGCUGAAAACACCGCUUCCCCCCUGCUUUUCUUUAAUCACCUUUUCUACAUUUUUCUUCCAACAUGCUUUUUGAAAGUGGGAGCAGAGGAAAAAGUAGCAUAGGGAGUAAGUGUGUAAAAUAUUAAGAUUGCAUCAAAUGAAAAAUGUCUUUUUUGCGGUAGCUAUUGCUGUCUCUCUGAUGCACCCAGAUUUAUCGAAUCAAAGUGUGCAGAAAAUGUUGCUGUUACAAGUUCCAGUCCCAGGCUGAUGUCAUUUGCAGAGACAUUAAUUUCCUCUGCAGAAAGGGUGCUAUCCCUGUGCGUACUCGGGGGGGGGAACCAAAACUCCCGUGUCGGAGAGGUGACGAAUAACCUGUAUUUUCAACCAAUUUAGGGCAAGUCGCUUUCCCCAGCUCGGUGCGUCAGGUCUCGCAGCGAACAAACCCCCAGCGCCCCCGUGAAGGCAGGGAUGUCCCUUGGGCAGGCAGCGUCAGCGCCACGGCUACAGCCUGCGCCCCGUGCAGGGAGCUGGUGGAAGUAAGGCAGAAUGAGCUGCCCAUCCUCUUAGCUAAUGUCUUAAAAGUCGUUAACAAAUUCCUAAACAUCCCAGACUUCCAGAUUUAGCUUUAUGAUUUACCAACGUAAGUUCAUCCCCGCCCUUCUGAAGAAUAAAGUGUGCUGGGGACGUGUUGUCUUUUGGCUGUUUGUGGUAGGGGAUUAUUUUUUGUUUUGGUAUGGACAAAACCUGCCUGUUAAUAUGCAGCUCUGAGAGGGUAAUUUUGACAAUUAUCUAUGUUUAGUAAGUGGGUUGUUCGCAAGAAUCGACUCCGCUGGCCGUGGACUUGGAGCAGUGGUUUUGCUUAUUUAUUUUUUCAGGCAGUUGCUCCCAUGCUAGCGCUGGCGUUACUUGGUUACCACAUAAAUUCAUUUUUGAAAAAGCUGUCGCCCAUGUGAGUGAUCUUUGCAUUUGAAAAUGGCUUCAGGAGGGGCUGGAGCCGACAUUGUGCUCCGUGUGUGUGUGAGGUUUUGCUGCGAGAAGGCGCCCGUGUGUCAGCCUCAGCCCGGCCCCAUGGGGCCGCACUGGGGGUUUUUUCCCCGCUUGGAGGUAAAAGCAAAACACUUAGAAAUCACGAAUUGUGCCCUGUUUUGGCAUGGAUUCGAAGUGCUUCAAAUGAAAGGGAUUUUUAUUUCUCUGUCUCAGUAAUUAAACCAGUUUGAUUGUAUAAAGUUUUCAGUAAAUGUAGUGGUGGACCAGCUAUUGUCAACCCCGCCGUGUUCUGUCAGCCAUCUUGUGCUCUGGGGGUGGAAGGUUUGGGUUUAACUCUCCUGCUUCAUUUAGCAUCGGGGCUCUUGUUUGUUUGUUUGUUUAUUUGUUUAUUUUUAACCCUUCUUUAAAGCAGGUUGAUUUUUCAGCAAGCUAAAUGCAACUGUUUCAUACCCUGUGUCCUGAGUGGGGAAUCUUGGGUUUAUGGACUCAGGAGCGGAGGCUGAAGGCCACAGUCAAGGCCUACGUGUCUGUGCUGAACUCCCUGCUGACGUGAUGGACCAGUGACGGUUUGGGAUCUUGAAUGAAUUGCAAAACUAGGACCCAGACCUUCAAACUGUUAAAUGCCAUCAAGUAUUCUUGAUUUCAGGAAGUAAACGUUAAAAAGUACUCAACAUCUUUCAC